AGGGUCCGAGAGCCGGACUACAUUUCCCAGCGGGCAUCGGGUCCGGGGGGGGGGGGCGGGGACCCUUUUCCUUGGCCUGGGCCUCCGGAGCCGCCGCCGCCGCCGCUGCGGGCGCAGCUUUUCAAAAUGUCCAACAAAGAAUCUUGUGGAAAAAAAGAGAAAUCUCAGAGGAAAGGCACCACUGCAUCACCCAACUUUGACCUAGAAGAUAAGAAAGAGAAAAAAACUUCAAGUUCUAGUUCAGUUUGCUGUGUAAGGUCUGUUUCUUCAGAGAAGAGAAAACUGAAAUCAGAUCAUACAGACGUUCUAUACCGUGAUAUAAAAAGAAGACAAGAACUGAAAAGAUUGAGUGUAGAAACUGACCCCCCAAGGAGGAGACCAAAAAUCAGUUAUUCAUCCCAAGGACCUGUUAAACUCCAAGAAGCAUCAUAUUCAAGUGUAAAUCAGAUUAUUUCACAGAAUCUUUCGUCACAUGGAACUAAAAAAGAGCCAAAUAAAUAUGUAGAUUUUAAAGAUAUUAAGUUGACAAGUGUUAGGAGUAAACCUGACCAUGGAAUUAAGAACUUUAGUAGUCCUAAGAUGGCCAAAGAUGUACAACCUAAAACUGAAGUCCAGGCAAGUGAAAAACAAUGGCCGCCUGUAUUUCCUCAGGGGGAGAAGGUGAAAGAACUCAAGAAAGAAAGGCACAAGAAAUUUAGGGACAGUUCUGAAAAAUGUGUUUUGGAGAAAUGCAAGAGAAUCCAUUUUCCUCAGGAUUAUAAUUCCAACAAGUUGAUUAAGGAAUCUAGAAGAAGGAAGAUCAGUUUUAAAAUCCCAGUAAAAUCCCAUGAUACCCUCCAGAAGCUUAUAGAAGAAAAUGUCUUCAGUUUAGAGUCUAACAAGUCAAAGACUAAACAGGAGAAAAAAGAAGCCCUGGAAAGCUCCCAAGUUUCAUUGAAUUUGACUAGACACGAAAGUGAACAUUUAUUUUCAGAUUCCAUGUCUAAGCAGGCUGCACAUGAGUGGAAAGGAAAAAGCCAUCAUGAGGAUCGAGAAAGUGACUCAAGUUCCAGGGAAAACCCAAUCCAGAGUUUUGAAGCUCCAUGUUCUUCAGCGUCACUUGAAAGUAUUCAAGAUACAGAUCAAGAGAUGCAGAUAGUAGAAGAGCUCCAUGCUGCACGUGUGGGAAAAAGUAUGGAUUUACCUGUGGCUUUCUCUUCUGGAGAGCUAACAAGCAUGGAGAUUGACUUGGUGGAAGAUGCUGUACAUGCCUCUGCUGCAAAUACUGCUUCAGAUAAAAAGCUUCUCAUUGUUAUUGACACGAAUAUUCUGAUGAAUCACCUCAAAUUUGUUAGAGUUUUGAAGACAACAGAAAUCCCAGGCUUUGACAGACUUGUAUUAAUAAUUCCCUGGGUUGUUAUACAAGAGUUAGAUCGUAUGAAGGCAGGAAAAUUGCUAAAACAUGCCCAGCACAAAGCUAUACCUGCAGUUCAUUUCAUCAAUGACAGUCUCAGAAAUCAAGAUAGAAAGCUAUGGGGUCAGUCAAUACAGCUUGCAUCUCAAAAACUUUAUGGACUGAGUGACGAGAACAAUGAUGAUCGAGUAUUAAAAUGCUGUCUUCAGUACCAGGAAUUAUUCCCUUGUUCUGUUGUUAUUCUGUGCACGGAUGAUAGAAAUUUAAGAAACAAAGGCCUAAUAAGUGGUGUGAAGUCACUCAGUAAAGAAGAAUUAAGUGCAGAGUUACUAAACUUAUCUCUGAACACAGAUGUAUGUCAUCAGCCUUGUGUAUCUAAACAACAAUUGAAAGCAGAAACAACACGGUUAGAAGAGAGCUAUGAGGAAGAAUCUGCACAUUCUGGACUACCCAUUCUACUUGAAAGCAUUGUAUCUGAUCUUGAAAAAUCUCUUGGAACAGCUUUAUCUUCAAUAUUAGAAACAGAAAUGAAAAUUGCUUUUGGAAACCUUUGGAUGGAGAUGCUGUAUUUGAAACCACCAUGGACUUUAAUUCAUUUAUUACAGUGCUUUAGAAAACACUGGUUGGCUGUAUUUGGAUUAGUUAUGGAGAAGAAUUUGCUCUUAACCAUUGAGAGCCUAUAUGAAAAUCUCUGUAAAGCUAACAGUGCAGUGGAUUUUGGAACAGUGAAAUUUCUGCUUCAGGAUUCUAAAAGUUUGUUACAUGCUUUCAGUACAAGGUCAAAUUAUGAUGGUAUUCUUCCCCAGGCCUUUGCUCAAGUCAACAAACUACUCCAAACAUUUGCAGAGGUCAAGGCAAAACUUAAACAAAAUCUUUCAGAAACAACAAUGGGUAAAAAGCAAGAAGAUACUUCUUUGAUGAAGUCUAAUAACCAAGAAAUCACCAUUUUCUCAGGUUCUCAUCUUCCCCAACCCAACAGGCACCAAGAAAUCUGGUCUACCCUAGAGAAUGUUUGGAUUACAUUAUAUCAAAACAGCAUGGAUGUAUUUCAAAGAUUGGGCUCAAAUGCAGCUUUGACUUCUUCAAAAAUAGCAUCCUUUGAAGAAGCAUUUGUAUCUCUUCAAAAGUUAAUGGUGGUGGUGAAGGAUAUUCUUGAAGGAAUUCAGAGGAUUUUGGCCCCUAACAGUAAUUAUCAAGAUGUUGAGACCCUCUAUAACUUCCUAAUCAAGUAUGAGGUAAAUAAAAAUAUCCAGUUCACUCCCCAGGAACUUUAUGAUUGUGUUUCACAGUCCGAGUAUCGGGAAAAGUUAACCAUUGGAUGCCGCCAACUGGUUGAGAUGGAAUAUUCUAUGCAGCAGUGUAAUGCAUCUGUUUAUAUGGAAGCCAAAAACAGGGGAUGGUGUGAAGACAUGCUCAACUAUAGGACCUAAAUGCUGAAUUAUAACUUAAAAGGAAUUGCAUUUAUCUUCAACAACAACAGAGUAGCUUUCAACCUUUUAAGUCAAACCCAAGACACUUGGGGAAAAAAAAAAAAUGCCUCAUAGGUGCAAGAAGGUGAUUGCCUAUUGCUGAAAAUCACAUUAAGGUUCUAAAGAGCCUAAUGCAUCCAUUGUGGGAUAAACUGUGGAAUCAACUCAUGGAGUUGACGAUAUCUUCCUACCUCUACUCCUGACACUGAGCCAGUCCAAGGAAAGGAGAGCCAUCUUUUUAAUCAUCUUAGGGUAGGAGCCACUUUGGCAUCUGUGGAAGGCCUGGGGGCAGCAGCAUUCUCUGAACUCUCAACAUGGGUACAAGAUCAGGGACACUUCCAAACCUCAAGAAAGGAUUAAGACGUGGCCAUGCUCACUGUGCCCCACAAAUGAAAUCUUACCCUAGGCUGUUUCGUGAUCAAACUGUCUUCCAUGUAGACCUGGUGAAUGUAACACAUACCCCUCCACUUCUCCUAAGGUAAUGUAAGUAGAGUUUUGACCUACUAGCUAUAUAGUUUCUUCUCUUCUUCCCUGGGCUUGUCACUUUUCAAUGCAUUUCUAAAGGGAAGAGCAGGGGAGACCUCUAUACUGAUUUUUCCCUUAAAUGUGAAACAGCAUGGAUUUAUGGGAUUAGGUGGCAGUGACUCAUGUUUGCCCCUAGCUAAACCAAAUGUUUGACUUCCUAUGUAGUUAUACAGUAAGUUGGAAAUCCUUGUUUACUAGAGUAUAUUAUGCUUUUGUUAAUACAUUAGAUUAAAUCUAAUUUGCUAAUCUAUGAUGUUAAUUUAUUUUUUACAAAACAAUAAAUUUUAUUUUUACUAAGA